AUGAUGAUGGUGAUGAUGAUGAUGAUGAACAAGAUGCUGGAGUUGCCGGCGAGCGUGCUGGUGGCUGUUUUUGCCUUGGUUCCUCCUGCCACCGCGAAUCCAAUCACAGCAGCACCAUCGAGGCCGACGGGGACUGGAUCUGGAUUUGGGCGAAAUGCAACGAACCUACCAUCGACAGGAUCUGGCCCUUCGUAUGCCAAGGCAUGUUGGUACGAGCGAAUGUCGUUUGAUUCCGCUUCGAGCUCAUGGGUGAGCGCUCAUGCCUCGACGGAUACGACGUAUCAGAUAGAGGACGGGACGUCGAUAUCAGAGGUCACGUACUACGAAAACGCGACGACGCUGUGUGAUGGUCACGCCAGAGUGACAUACUCUCCUGCCAUUUCGCUUUCCACAGGAACCAUUACUGUGCUGAGUGGCACGAGUAAAAGGACAAGUACGAUUGUGCAGACCUUCUGGUCGGGCGAUUAUACUUCUGAACGAGCAUCACCAAGUUGUUCGAUAACUGCAACGUCGGACUGCGAUGCAUUGUACAGCAUGUACACUACCUCAGUGGCUGCGGGAAGCCCACCCUACGAAACGCCUCCAUGCUUGAAUGCCACUGCGGCUGCGCAGUAUUCGUCAGCCAUGGCGAACAUUUAUGGUUGUGGUGACUGCACUAUCUAUGGCGAGGGAGUCGAGCUAGUGUACUUCCCGACCACAGCGGAGCGGGACUUUUGUGCGUCCACACCCACCGCGACUUUGACGCACUACGGCCCCAGUGCAGUCAUCACAGCUUAUGCCGGCAAGUCCACCACAACCGCAGGCCAAGUCUUCAACAACCGCACAGUCUGGGCAGACGGCCACGCUUUCACCACAGAGACUGCAUACAUCUCAAUCUCAACCGUUUACGCAGUGGAUCGAUGCUCCAAGACCUUUGGCGCGCCAGUCAAAGAUGCCAUCUUGGCCAUGCCAUCUGAAUCAGUCCUGAGCCUUCGCUAUUCGCAAGACCACUUCCAACGUGUGAUGACGACAGAUAUCCAAACAGGCUACCCCGUGAACUACGCAGACUUUAACACACCGAUCCCUUGGUCAGCAUGGAAUGGUCAAAAUAUUUGUGAUCCGGGAGGUUAUGGUGGGUGGGCGUGUUCCGUCAUCUACGAGCAGAGUUAUCGUCCGCAGCUGGCGAUUCCACCACAGAUUACAGACUUGGCGCCCGAGUUUAAGAAGUGCCAGAUGUUCUACAACGGUCUCUGGGAUCCGCCAUUGGCGUUACAGCCUGCAGAGUCUGUAGUGAAGCCGACUGCACCUGGUGGUGGAGGAGGAGGAGGAGGAGGAGUGGAGGCCACUACUACCGCUGAAGCAAUACCUUCGAACAAAGCUCAACCACCUACUGCGCCUGCGACAGCACAGUAUAUUGUAGUACCGACUCCUCCCUCAGCUACGUCGAGUGUGCCUCGGAACGAACCAAACCCACCUAUUGCGCCUGCGACAGCACAGUCUAUUGUAGUACCGACUCCUCCCUCAGCUACGUCGAGUGUGCCUCGGAACGAACCAAACCCACCAGCAGCCACGCCGAAGCCGACCGGCUUUGUUCCAGCAAACGAGCCAAACCCACCAGCAGCCACGCCGAAUCCGACCGGCUUUGUUCCAGCAAACGAGCCAAACCCACCAGCAGCCACGCCGAAGCCGACCGGCUUUGUUCCAGCAAACGAGCCAAACCCACCAGCAGCCACGCCGAAGCCGACCGGCUUUGUUCCAGCAAACGAGCCAUGGCAGGAGAACCUCGAUCUCGGCGGGAAGAAGUAUGCCGUAACAGCCGCCAAUGGACGAUGCCGUGUCGGCGGUGUGACGCUCACAGCUGGAGGUGCUGCACAGACUCUGCCAAAUGGUGCUAUUGGCAGCUGUGGCCAAUACGAGCUCGUUGUACAAGGCUCAAAGACCGUACACUUUGACGACAACGUCAAUUAUGGUGGAGGAGGAGAAUCGCCGCCUCAUGAGCUUGGCGGUGCACAGAACGGCAUCGCGACUCAUACCGACCCCAUCGCCUCAUAUAUCGUGACAAGCGGUGGACUUUUACCUCCCACGCCUGGACCCCAUCACAACGAUGGUGACGAAGAUGACGAUGGUGACGAAGAUGCAGCCAUAAUCACAAUCAACGGCAACCCCGUCACCGCAGUACAAACCCACGAGGGUGGCGUCGUCGUCAUCGGCUCAACCAUCACUCUGACGCCAGGCGGCGGUGCUACCACGAUCAGCGGCCAAGUCAUCAGUGCAGCCACCAAUGGCAUUAUUGUUGAUUACACCAGUACCCUGGGACCCGGACCCAUUGGCGAUGAACGAAGUCAAAGUAGCAAGCCGAGCGGCACCGCAUCGGGUAACGACAAUGACCAUUCGGACAGUCCAUCUGCUUCCGGUGGCAACAGUGGAUCGAACGCUGCUACGGCGACAGCAACAGCGUCUUUGGCUACGGGAUCAGCUUCGUCGAUGUCGCCGGCUCAGGCGUUUAGUCUUUUCACUGCUCUGCUGGCUAUUGUUGUGGUUGGAGGAUGA